AUGCACACCCAAGUGAAUCAAGAAACAAGAGAUCAACAACAUAUCUUUCUACAAAAAUGUGAAGAAGCUUAUAAUUUAGUAGACGGAUAUUUGAAUGAUUCAUUACCAUGGUAUCCAAUAGCAGCUAGACGAACUGGGUUUGUAUUUGAUCCAGAAUUAAGAGAAAGAGUAAAAGAGAAAGUUCUUUUAAGUAUGGAAAAGAUAGAAGAAUCAAUAGAUCUACAUGGACUUGAAGAAAUUGCUAUAUCUUAUAAUGGUGGUAAAGAUUGUCUUGUGAUGUUGGUAUUAUUACUCGCUACUAUUCAUAAAAUGUUUUCAUCUUCACCUUUAGAAAAUCCUUCAUUUAAUUUAUUACCUGCUGAUUAUAAAUUAGAUUCAAUUUAUAUUAAUGCUGAAACUCCAUUUCCAGAAUUAACUGACUUUAUCCAUGAAUCAACUGAAUUCUAUCAUUUGAAUCCAAUAAUCAUUAAAUCUAAUUUAAAAGAUGGUUUUGAAUAUUAUCUUAAAAAAGUUAAUCCAAAUGUUAAAUCUGUCGUGGUUGGUAUCAGAUAUACUGAUCCAUAUGGUCAAGAUUUACAAUAUGAACAAAAAACUGAUCAUAAUUGGCCUGAUUUCUUAAGGAUCCAUCCUAUUUUACAUUGGAAUUAUAUUGAUGUUUGGGAUUUCUUAAUUGGUUGUGAUAUUGAAUAUUGUCCAAUGUAUGAUCAAGGUUUUACCAGUCUUGGAGGAAUUCAUACAACUGUACCAAAUCCAUUUUUACAAAUUGGAGAAAGCGAGGAUGACUAUUUACCAGCUUAUAUGUUGACUGAAGAAGCCGAUGAACGAGAAAGAUUAGGUAGACAAUAA